GUAUGGCCUGUCAAUGGAAAUCAGAAAUUAAGGGAGGCAUGGAAGAAGAAGGCAAGAAAAGGGAAAGAAGAGGAGGAGAUGGGAAAAGAUCAGAGUGGUUUUGGUUAAAGGUGUGGGAGUGGGAGUUGGAAGAGCUGAAACCAUAUGCAUACUGUAUAUUCUCAAACUUGUGCUAUGCAGGAUUCAACAUCAUCUCCAAGGUCUGUCUUGACGACGGCAUCAAUCCUUAUGUGCUUGUUGCCUAUGGGCACGCUUUUGGUGCCAUUUCUACCGCCAUUCUUGCUUUCUUGUUUGAAAGGAAGAAUGAUAGCAAAAUUAGCAUGCCAAUCUUACGAAAUCUUUUCUUCUUGGGUUUGCUCAGUGCUGUACUAGGGAGGACAUUGUUUUAUGCAGGGCUAGAAUACACUUCACCACUUUUGGCAGCUGCCAUGAUCAACUUAAUUCCAUCUAUUACCUUUAUCUUAGCAGUUUUGUGCAGGAUGGAGAAGGUAGAGAUUUCUAAGCGCAGUUCUCAAGCAAAGAUAGGGGGAACAGUUAUUGCUUUUGCUGGUGCAACACUUAUGACACUCUACAACGGAGUCACUUUGAUUUCACUUCAUACAAAGAAGCACUUGCAUCAAAAUGCCACCUCAGAAGCAUCCUCAACCAAACAUUGGAUAAAGGGCUCCAUCAUGCUUCUUAUUUCAUAUAUUUCCAUAUCAGCUUUCUUUAUCUUACAGACGGUUACAGUGAAAAUGUUCCCAGCACCAAUAACUCUCACAUCAUUAACAUGCUUAUCGGGUGCUAUACUCUCGACAAUUAUGACAGCAAUUUUGGAUCAUAAAGCAUCAUCAUGGAGGUUGUCAUGGAACAUCACACUUCUUGCUCCAAUCUACAGUGGAGUUGUUGUAUUUGGAAUUGUUAUUUAUGUUCAGACAUUAGUAAUGCAGAAGAAGGGUCCAGUUUUCAUGACAUCAUUUAGACCAUUGGUCACUAUAAUUGUAGCCGUUAUGGGAUUGUUCAUUUUAGAGGAUUCACUGCACUUGGGAAGUGUUCUGGGAGCAACAUUGGUAAUUCUUGGUUUGUAUGCAACUCUAUGGGGAAAGCAAAAUGAGAAGGCAGAAAAGCUAUCGGAGCAUAUCAUGUCUGAAGGCAACAAUGAAGGAGAAUAGGUAGAUAAAUAUGCACUGGAAUAUAUGAUAUACUCAUGGAACAAUAUGAUCAUUUGAUUUUAAAUUUGCUCCUGUAUGGUCAUAUGACCUUUUAAUCUUAAAUGUCAUUAUUAUGGGUGAAAGAGGUAAACAACAGGAUAUGCAUCAAUACGAAGCUGGUGUUUUGAAUGGCC